AAAAGUGACAGAACAGCCAUGGCAAACUGGAGGAAAGGCUCAACAGCCUCCAAGAAUGGGGAUGCUACCACAGAUAUAAGAUACAAAGCCCGAAAACCCACCAGCUGACUAUGUUCUUAGGAGGGACAGGAGGACACUGUAUACCAAAGCCACAAGGAAGCCACAGUUACAUCUUUAUAGAGCAGGAUGCCCUGACAGAAAUGGAGAUGAAAAAAUUCUGAAGCAGAGACCAGGUUGGGGCGUUAAACAGAAGUCAAGAAAGGGGCCAGGGGUCAAGUUUUCUGCAGGCUCUGCUGCCCUGAGGUGCCAUGCCAGAGGUGGACGGCACUGGGAGAGCUCUUUCUCCUGCUGUUCUGGGUUCCUGGAUGGAAUGCCUUCAGAAAUCUUGCUGAAGAUAUUUUCCUACUUGGAUGCUGUGAGCCUGCUGUGUACUGGGUGUGUGAGCAGGCGCUUUUAUCAUCUAGCCAAUGACAAUUUUAUUUGGAUCAGAAUCUACUCAACUGCUUUUUCACCUACAAGAUCAAAUUGGAAAGUUAAUUCAGUAGAGAAGAUAGCUGUGUCUGUGAGCUCUCUGUCAGUUCAGGAUAAAGAAGCUGGUUAUUGGAAGAAAGAAUAUAUCAGAAAACAAAUAGCAUCUGUAAAAGCCGCACUAGCUGACAUUCUCAAACCUGUCAACCCUUACACGGGCCUUCCAGUGAAGACCAAAGAGGCCCUCAGAAUGUUUGGUUUAGGUUGGGCAAUUAUACUGAAAGAAAAACGUGGAAAAGAAUAUAUCAUGGAGCAUGUUGAUCUUUCCGUAAAUGACACGUCAGUUACUGUUAUAUGGUAUGGCAAAAACUGGCCGUGCCUAGCAUCAUUGUCAACCUUAGAUUUAUGUGGUGUGACACCAGUUUUUAUGGACUGGUAUAAAACUCCCACCAAACAUAGACUCCGAUGGCAUUCUUUAAUUGCAAAGUACAAUCUGAGUCAUUUGACCGUAUCUACCAUGAUUGGCUGUGACAGACUCAUUCGGAUCUUUUGCCUGCACCCUGGCCUCCUGGUGGGAGUGUGGAAGAAGGAGGAAGAACUGGCUUUUGUUAUGGCAAAUCUUCAUUUUCAUCACCUUGUGGAGAGAAGCACAUUAGGCUCGGCCACUAUUCCCUAUGAACUGCCUCCACAUAGCCCAUUUUUGGAUGAUAGCCCCGAGUAUGGACUGCACGGCUACCAGCUCCAUGUUGAUCUGCACAGCGGUGGGGUUUUCUACCUAUGUGGUACCUUUCGCAAUCUCUUCACCAAGAAAGGAAAUAUUGAAAAUGGACAUGUGAAGCUCAUUGUUAUACAUUUAAAAAAUAACAGAGAACACUUACCUCUUAUUGGAAAAGUUGGCCUCUCCUGGAAAACUGAUAUUUUUGAUGGCUGUAUAAAGAGUUGUUCCAUGAUGGAUGUAACUCUUUUGGAUGAACAUGGGAAACCCUUUUGGUGUUUCAGUUCCCCGGUGUGCAUGAGAUCGCCUGCCACACCCUCUGACGGCCCCAGCUUCUUGGGACAGACGUACAGCGUGGACUACGUCGAUGGGGAAGGAAGAGUGCAUGUGGAGCUGGUGUGGAUCAGAGAGACCGAAGAAUACCUUAUUGUCAACCUGGUCCUUUACCUUAGUAUCGCAAAAAUCAACCGUUGGUUUGGGACUGAAUAUUAGCAGUAGGUGGCAAAUUAUUGUUGUUAUCUAGUUGUUUAUUUUUGACUGGCUUUGUUUUUCGUGUUGAAAGUUAAAAUAAAGCAAAUCUGCAGAGUGCUGUGUGAUGCCUUUCAUCUCACAUUAGAAAUUACGAUUUAUGGGUCAUUUUUAAGUUAAUGUUUGAAGGAUUCAGUUAAAUUUUAAAAAUAAAAAUAACAGUGAAACUUCAU